CCAUUGCCCACAGAAACGAUUCGUCCUACCCACCACUUCCACCGUCAUUCCCAAUCACUUGAACCACCACCACCAUAGUCACCACCGUCAUACCAGCGCCGUCAAACCAACCACCACCCAUUGAAAACUAGAAACGUCACCGGAACCACCACAACCCACUUGAAUCACUGUCACCACCAUCACCCAUACCCAAUCAAACCACCACAACCACCAAAUCGAACCAUGGUCGUCAAACCCACUACCUCCCAACUGAACCAGCAGACGGCACUGGAACCACCAAAGACCCGAUGAGGAGAGAGAGACCUGGAUGGGUAGAGAGAGAGAGAAUGAGAAAAGGAGAGCAUGGCCUUGGACUCGAUGAACUCGGACAUGGACUCGAGCGACGACUGCUGAGUGAUUUCGUAAUGAGAUAAUGAGGUUCGGACUAAACCUGCCGAACAAGUUAAGAGUAUUUUUCCUUUUAUUUUCAUUGAAUACUUCAUGAAAACGAUUUCUAUCGACGACUGCAGAACAGGGUAAAGGUUUGAAUUUCAAAUUCUCUUCCCUCUUAAAAAAGAAAGUCUCUUUUAUGAAAAGAAAGCCCCACCAAGUGUUUGCGAAAAUGCCCGUGAGAGCCUCCGUAGUCAAGACAGCACAACAGAGCACAACUGUCCGAAGAUCUCCAAGAUUUCUCCAACCCCAGAAAACUCAAGAAGCAGAGCCGUCCACAGCGAUUCUCUGGAAAUGUCAGAGACUUGUCCGCCCGGAAAAGAGCGCUGCGGAGUCUGAAAAUCCGAAAACCCCCAAACCCACAGCCAGAAGCAACCGUGUCGUACGUCCUUCGAGUCUCCCACUCAGCUCUAAGAAAUCGAGUGAAUCCUACGAUGGGUUGAGGAGAUCUCCGAGAUUGAACAAUGGGGUUGAGGGGUUUCAGAGUCUUAGACGUUCUUCAAGGAUUUUGAACAAGCAGCUCGUCCUCGUCCAUGAAGGUAAGGGUCCCCCAAAGAAAAUCUCGAAGAAAUUGGGCGAAUUGGAAAAUGGGACGGCUAAUUGCGGAAAUUUGAGUUCUGGGUCAGAAAAAUGUCGAAGAAAAUCUGUCAGGUUGUGUAUUGAGCAAUCUGUUGUGGAUCAAUGCACUGAUAAGGCAACUGGUUCUCGAUCUAAGAGUGGAAACAACAGGUCGUUGAAGAAAGAUGAGUUCUCAAGUGUUGGAAAAGAUGGAGCUCGUAUUGAUUCAUCAAAAAGAGUUCUGAAAAAGUGCAAAAUGCAAGAGAUAGACGGUGGAAAUAAAGAAGCGACGGUUAGGAGGAAGAGAAAGAGGGAGGAGGAAGGGGGGAAGAGGGAGGAAGAAGGUGUUGGGGUUGUUCAAGGGUGGACAAAGGAACAAGAACUGGUAUUGCAAAGAGCUUAUUUGAUAGCGAAGCCAACACCCCUCUUCUGGAAGAAGGUUUCUAAACUGGUGCCUGGAAAAUCUGCACAGGAGUGCUUUGAUAGAGUCCACUCUGAGCAUAGAACUCCACCUCAACCUCGUACCCGGUCGAAGGCAAACACAUUAACAAAUUUGUCUCCCUUUGGACAGUUUUCACUCUCUGCAAGUAAACUGCUUAAACCCACUGAGCCAAAGUCUAAAAGGCCAGCUUGCAGUAAACAGAGGAGUCAUCUUGCCCAGAAAACUGUCCGAAAGUUGUUACAAAAACAUCAGCAAGUGUACCAAGAUUACGAGGGAGAUCUAUUUUCAGUGCUUGAGCCCAGUCUAGGUUCAUCUACCGAGAGUCAAGCGAGUGUUAUACCUUCUACCCCAAAGAAUUUACAGGUAAAAAAGGGAAUUCUUCAAAACCGUAGUCAAAGAUCUUCAGGUCAUAAGAAGCUGCUGUCGAGAUUUAGUAGCUCAUGUGGCAGACCUCUCGUUAGCCCCCUGGUACUGAAGCAGGUCCGAAACAAGGUCUGGCAUGAGAAAUAUAUUGAUCAAUUACAUACCAGGGAAGCAAAGAGAAAAGCUGCAUCUACAUGCACUCAACAAUCCACUUCUGGAAUUGAUGAAGUGGAUGUGGUAAGAACUGCAAAAAUUGCCCUGGUUUCUGAUGCAAGAGAUGCUAUCAAUAAACUCCAACAUCUGCAGGCCAAUGUCGCCGGCGACUCUUCUGAUUUCGACGAUGAUAGCAUUGUAAGUGAUGAUGAGGAAGGUGAAGAUGAUACUUAGAAGUGCAACUCCUCUCUUUUCCUUAAAAAUGUACCAUAUGAAGAGAGAUGUAGCAUUAUUUUUCUGCAAUUGCUGACUUCAGAACCUGUACUGUUGUAGUCUAUCCUCCAUAUUUGGAAAGUUAGAAAUUCUGUGAAAUAUUUACCUUUUUUUUCUUUCUAAUCAUAAUCCAAGUUCUUGGAUGAUUUCA